CUCAGAUCCAUUGAGUUGGGGUAACAUCGUCCACAUCGUCCGCAUCGUCGACCAAAGCGUGGCGUCCUCACCACUCCAUCAAAUUACCCUCGCGCCCAUCUUGGAUGUAGUGGAUGUACUCAGUGACCCAUGUAGUAGGGACCGAUACUGAGUACGGUUAUGCCAUUGGAGUGGUGCCGAGUUCCGAUGCGGAGAAAAAUGCUCGAAGAUCUGUUUUGUUAUGGCGUAUGCCACUCACUGCCACCUCCAUUGCCUUUUGGUACGGAGUACUCUGUUCGCUCUUGAGUUUCUAUCCUGGAAUUUGUGGCAAGGCUACGAGGAGAUACUAGUAUCAUUGUCGGAUAAUCAAGAUACGACUUAACCCUGGCUACUAGUAGCUCCCGGGUAGAGAGAAGACGGACACAGCCCACAACCAUCAUCCAUAUCCUGAACGUUGUACUGGUACUAGCUAAGGAGUCGACAAGAUGUCUUCGCAGGACAAGACAGUUGCCUUCAUCGGCAUCGGCGUCAUGGGUUAUUCGAUGGCGGUCAACCUGCGCGCGAAACUCGACUCGUCCUACACUCUUCUGAUCUGCGACGUGUCGAGCGCGCUGAUCCAGAAGUUCCAGUCCCAGAUGUCCGGCCAGGGCCCCGUCGAGGUGAUUUCGAACGGCCGCGAGGCCGUGUCCCGGGCCAACACGGUCAUCACGAUGCUGCCGACGGCCAGCGCGGUCGAGAAAGUCUACCUCGACCCGUCGACGGGCAUCAUCCCAGGGGCGAUCGAGGCCAGCAAAUCGAACCCGCAAAGGAAAUUGAUCAUGGAAUGCGGGACGAUCGAGACCGCGACGAUCCUGAAAGUCGCGCAGGCGACCAAGGACGCCGCAAGCCAACUCCAACCCGGGUCCUCGGGCGACGCGAGGCUGGACUUUGUGGAUGCCCCCGUGUCGGGAGGACCGAUGGGCGCCGAGGCCGGCACGCUGACGUUCAUGGUCGGCGCGACGGCCAAGGAGCCCUUUGAGCAUGCCAAGAGCUAUCUGCAGCACAUGGGCAAGAAGGACAGCAUCUUUCACUGCGGCGAUGUCGGCGCGGGCACGGCGUUUAAAGUGAUUAACAACUAUCUUUCGGCCAUCACAUCGCUGGCGGCCAGUGAGGCGCUGAACAUCGGCGCCAAGAUGGGCUUGGAUCUCAAGUUGUUGACCGACGUGAUCAAUGUGAGUGGCGGGCAGUGCUGGGUCACCAGCCAGAGUAACCCGGUGCCCGGGAUCCACGCGAAUGCGCCGGCGAGUCGCGGCUACGAGGGCGGCUUCAGGAUCGAGCUGUGUAAACAUGUGCUGGAGAUGGGCAGCAGUUUGGCCGAAAUGGUCGGCGCAAGGACCGUGCUGGAUAAGCCGACGCUGGGGGCGUUCGAGGAGGCCAUGAGCGACGAAAGGUAUAAGGGCAAGGAUGCACGCGUCGUGUAUAAAUGGUUGAAUGACCAGGGGCGGUAGAGGGCACCCGGAGGGGAAUAAAUAAACACUACGACUACCAGUAGCAGUGGGUAGAGAAGGUGAAAAAUCAAAAGAUGUCUAAUACUAGUACUAGCACUAGUAUCAGUUCUACGACCAUGAGCUACAG